AUGGGAUUCUUUGACCACCUCCAAAAAGGAGGAUCAUUUUCGCUACAGGCUCAGAAGCCCCAAAUCCGCAAAGUCGUUCAAACGCGACCCGUCCCCGCAUCGAAACCGACAUCGACGUCGCAGCCGUCGCGAAUCCCGCCUCGCGACAAGGCUACGAAGACACGAGACUCGGGAAGCAGACCGGCCUCGAAGGUUCCGGAACAACGUCCUUCGAAGUCGCGAUCGAUAACGCCGUUACGAGCCAACCGCAAGAGACAGACACCCGAGUUGCGACUGUCUAGCGACGAUGACGCGAGUGAUACCGAUACAUCGUUCGAGGUGCGCAAACGGGCGAGGACAGAUGACAGUGCGGAACCGGAUCCUUCGAGGCGUGUACGCUCGUUGAAGGCUUUCUCAGAAGAGGGUGUUAAGCCUUUUUCGAUGGUGCAUGCUUCUGAUAUCACGUCUGGGCAGAAGGCGAAGAAUUUUAAGCCUGCGUUCGGGAGUGGGGAUAAGCCAGUUGAAAUUCUUCUGCAGUAUCCUAGUGCUUCGCAGAAGGAGAGGUUUCAGCUUGUGGUGCCGCGGGACAACGACGACUUCAAACCCAUCGACGAUAUCGUACAGGUUAUCGAGGUUGCUGCCCAGCAUUACAUCCCUGAGGAAGAAUCGGACGAGUUCAAUAACGAGUCGACCGGUAUUAAGCGGAGGCUACGACGAGCUUUGGCUCAUGCGUCUGAGGCGGAGGUGCGCGAAACCGUUGACGAUUAUAAUAAGGCGAUUGAGCGAUUGCGGCGGAACGGGAGUAUUGCCAAAAAACUAGACGCGAUGACUCGACUCAGUCUACCUCACGUGGAGCGCGUAUUGAAUCAGAUCUAUUCACGCACUGUUUCGCCUCGCGUCGAAUCUCUCAGGCAGUACGAGAACGGGUCGGACAAUGUAUAUGGCGAACUUCUUCCACGCUUCAUUAGCAACAUCUUCAAGGAGACCGGGUUGAAGUCUGGCCAGGUUUUUGUCGAUCUGGGCUCUGGUGUGGGUAACGUCGUUUUACAAGCCGCUCUGGAAAUCGGCUGCGAAAGCUGGGGUUGUGAAAUGAUGCAGAAUGCCUGCGACCUCGCCGAUCACCAACAGGCCGAGUUCAAAGCCCGAUGUCGACUCUGGGGCGUCGCACCGGGUAAAACACAUCUGGCGCGGGGUGAUUUCCUCACGGAAGAAAACAUCAUCGCUGUGCUAAAGCGGGCUGACGUCGUCCUCAUCAACAACCAAGCAUUCACUCCACAACUCAACAACGAACUAAUCAACCAUUUCUUGGAUAUGAAAGAAGGCUGCCAGAUCGUUUCGCUGAAGUCGUUCGUUCCCGCUGGCCAUAAGAUCCAGUCGCGGAAUUUGAACUCGCCCAUUAAUCUCCUCAAGGUAAAGCAGAAGAACUACUGGUCGAACAGCGUCAGUUGGACAGACGUUGGCGGUACUUACUUCGUCGCUACCAAGGAUAGCUCCAGACUCAAGGCUUUUGUCGAAGGCACAGAAUGA